CCUAGUGGGGAGAUUGGAUCAUCAGCAUUGGGUUUCACAUAACUUGCAACCAAGUUGCAUAAAAACAACCUGAGCCGAGCGAGAGAAACAGCACAUUAUUCCAACUUCCACAACACAAAGAAACAAGAACAAGAAGCAAGAUGAAGCUCUUUAGACUCUUCUCAUCUCACAAAGCGGCUAGUGUCAGUACUGCUGAUAGCAAGUCUUCGAGGGGAGAAGAGCAGGAAGAAAUCGAAGAAACUGUGUCCAAUUGUGGUGCGUCCACUACAAGUCUUAGCAUUAGCAGUGCAUGUAGCAAAAGGAGCAGCAAGAAGUCGCAACGCAGCAAAAAGCCAAAGAACAGGGGAGAGGAAGUGCUGCCAACAAAAUCGGAGAAUCUCAAGGUUGUGGAGCGUUUCAUGGAGUUGACGAAUCUGUUUGACCCUGAAAACAUAGAUUCAUCCUUCGAGGAAACAUUGGGGCUUUUCGAAUCACCAGAUGUCACAAUGGAAUUUGAGGAUGGACUCAAGUGCACUGCAAGGGAAUGUGCGCUCCAACUGAAGAUGGCAUACGAAAGCUUUCCUGACUACGGCAUGUCCCUCGCUGCCAUUUGUGAGGAUCCUAGAAGCCCCAAGAGAAUCUUUGUGGACGGGGUUUGCUGGUCUGGAACACAUACGGGUACUCCAUACACCAUCAUACCGGGAGAGCUUCCAGCGAUUCCUCCAUCCGGGAAGCGAAUCUCCUUAGACGAGGAGCGUUACAUUUUCCACAUGAAGAAAGGCGGCAAGAUUGGCAAGAUUCAAAUCAUUGCAAUGGGCAGCAUUACAGGGUACGCAGGUCUUUAUGAAUCCGCAGAGGCUGCCUCUUGCCCCAAGCUGAGUGAAUGAAGGGCUCCUGACGCUUGCUUGUCCCACACGUGGCUGGAAGAGACAGCAGGGAGGGGCUUUGUUGUCCACGUUCUCCUACCCACUAUACCCACUACAGGUUCUUAGAUAGAUUGAUCCCCAUAAAGUAAAACAAUAGAAAUGAAUUCCUC